CCCACUGACGUAUCAUUCCGGUUUCCCAUUUAAUUUUCAAAUUUAGUUCUAAAUUAGGUUUUUACAGAAUCAGUUCUCCAACCAAGACAAAAGAAAAAAUAAAAAUGUAUUUCUUGAUUUUCAUAAGUUUUCUAUUAAUAUCAGUGAUUGCUAAAAAUGAUUCUGGCUUCAAUAAGGAUAUUCUGAAUGAACACAAUCGUUUGCGUCAGUUGCACGGUGUCCCGGAUUUAAAAUUGGACGAUGAGCUAUCCAAAGGUUGUCAGGCUUAUGCUGAGGAAUUGGCCGUAAAAGAUAAAAUGGUGCACUCCAAAGGAGCAAAUAACGGUGAAUUCGGUGAAAAUUUGGCUUUUAGGACGCAUGAUCUCUUACAUUGUGUGCAGAGUUGGUAUGAUGAAAUCGAGUUAUACAAUUUUAAAAAAGGGGGAUAUCAAAAGGGAACUGGACAUUUUACGGCUGUGGUUUGGAAGGCAACGACACGUUUGGGAGUGGGUCACAAAAAGAAUGAAGUCAGCAAAAAGGUAUAUAUUGUGGCACGCUAUCUACCAACAGGCAAUGUGAUAGGACUGUUUGCAAAAAAUGUUCCAAAACCACUUAAUUCAACAUGUCGUAGCGGAAAUCUCAAUGAAUUUACAUUCGGACUCGUCCUUAUAUUCGCUUGGUUGUUGAACAAAUUUUUGGCAUAGCUGCAGAAGCUAGAUUCUAUUCUCAUUAUAUAAAUAAUUUAUAAAAUGUAUUGGACUGCAAGUACUUGAUCAAAAAUUAUCAUUUUAAAAUUU